AUGGCAACAAUCUCUCUCCACUCCUCCUACAACCUACGAGCCACCGCAACGGAGCCGCCUCUCAACACAUGCACCGUGCAGCAGCCCCGCGCCGCCCUCAGCCGCCUCCACAUGCUCCUCCACGCCGCCGCCGUCUCCGCCCUCCUCUACCACCGCCUCUCCACCCUCCUCUGGGGCUCCGUCCCGCACCUCCUCCCGUGGGGCCUCAUCACCCUCGCCGAGCUCGUCUUCGCCGCCGUGUGGGCCCUCGGGCAGGCCUUCCGCCUCCGCCCGGUGGCGCGCGCGGCGGCGCCGGAGAAUCUCCCCGGCGACGAGAACCUCCCCGGCGUGGACGUGUUCGUGUGCACGGCCGACCCGAAGAAGGAGCCCGUGGCGGAGGUGAUGAACACGGUGGUGUCGGCGAUGGCGAUGGACUACCCGGCGGAGAAGCUGGCGGUGUACUUGUCGGACGACGGAGGCGCGGCGGCGACGCUGUAUGCGAUGAAGGAGGCUUGCCGUUUUGCGGAGAGCUGGGUGCCGUUUUGUAGGGAGUAUGGGAUUAAGACGAGGUGCCCUGAGGCGUUUUUCUCGUCUCUUGGUGAAGAUGAGAGGGAAGCUUUGGAGAGCGAUGAGUUCAAUGCUCAACUAGAUAAAAUCGAGUCAAAAUAUGAAGCGUUCAGGAGAAAUGUCGAGAAGGCGGCUGAACUUGAAGAUUCUAUCAAUGACGAUAGACCUCCUCAUGUUGAGGUAAUAUAUGAUAAUAAGAAGAAUGCAGGAAGAAGCGAGAAUCAGCCUAAACUGCCACUUCUUGUCUAUGUAUCCCGUGAAAAACGGCCCGGUCACCCCCAUCGCUUCAAAGCCGGAGCUCUCAAUUCCCUCCUUCGAGUGUCGGGGAUAAUGAGCAAUGGCCCUUAUGCAUUAGUGUUGGACUGUGACAUGUACUGCAAUGAUCCCACCUCAGCUAAGCAAGCAAUGUGCUUCCAUCUUGACCCCAAAUUAUCCCACUCUCUCUCAUAUGUCCAAUUCCCUCAAAUCUUUUACAAUGUUAGCCAAAAUGACAUCUAUGAUGGUCAAGCUAGAGCUGCUUAUAAGACCAAAUAUCAAGGAAUGGAUGGGCUAGGAGGCACAGUUUGUGCUGGCACUGGCUACUACAUCAAGAAGAAGGCUUUGUUCUCCAAUUGUAAUCAACAAGAUGAAACCCUCCGGGAGCCAGAACACAACUUCGGUCUCUCAGGAAAGUUUAUCGAUUCAGUAAAAGCACUCGACACUAAAUACGGAAUUUUCCCAAAACAUGUCAACACAAAGGUAAAUAUAUCCGAUUCAAUCAUUGAAGAAGCCAACAAACUAGCAUCUUGCACCUAUGAACACAACACCAAAUGGGGAAAAGAGAUUGGUUACUCGUAUGAUUGUUUGCUGGAGAGCACCUUCACCGGGUAUCUGAUGCACAGCCGGGGGUGGAAGUCGGUCUACCUCUACCCGGACCGGCCAUGCUUCCUGGGAUGCACCACAAUCGACAUGAAGGACGCCCUGGUGCAGCUCAUGAAAUGGGCUUCCGGUUUGGUACAAGUCGGCCUCUCGAGAUUCAGCCCUCUUACCUAUGGCGUCUCCAGGAUGCCUCUCCCUCAAGCCUUGUGCUACGGAUUCUUCGCCUUUUCCCACUUCAUAUCCGUUGCUUGUUUCUUGUACGGCACAGUUGCUCCCAUAUGCUUCUUCUACGGAAUUCCCCUCUUUCCCAAGGUCACAAGCCCGUGGUUCGCAGUUUUCGCGGGCGUGUACGCUUCCUCAGCCGCGCAGCAUUUCUACGAAGUGAAGUCAAGUGGAGGCACGGUGCAGACAAUGUGGAACGAGCAGAGGAUCUGGAUAAUCCGGGCAGUGACGGCCUGCUUGUUCGGAUGCGUUGAUGUGUUGAUGAAAUACGCAGGCGUGGCGAAGGCCAACUUCAGGCUGACAAACAAGGUAGUGGAUCAAGAGAAGCUGGACAAGUACCAGCAAGGGAAGUUCGAUUUCCAGGGAGCCAAGAUGUUCAUGGUGCCGCUGACGCUGCUGGUCUUGCUCAACUUGGGCUGCUUCGUUGGCGGCGCCAAGGGCCUCGUGUCCCGAGGGAACAUGGCGGAGAUGCUCGGACAAGGGAUGCUGUCUAUGUAUGUUCUUCUCCUUAGCUUUCCUAUUCUUCAAGGACUCGUUCCAAGGCUAGGGAAAUGAGUAGUCACUUUGUUUUCUUCUUUGUCUUCGUGAAUUUUAUGU